AUGCGGCAUUUCGUGUCGAUCGCCGUCGUCGUACACGCCGUCGCUGCCGACUACCAGUGGUCCUACGACCAAGACGUCUUCGGCGGUCCUGACUUCUGGGGUCUCGUCGAGAAGGACUGGUGGAUGUGCAAGAAGGGCCGUCUGCAGUCGCCGAUCGACGUUCAGGCUUCGCAGCUCCUUUUCGACUCCUCCAUCAAGCCGAUUCGGAUCGACAAACUAGGAGUUGGUAUUCUUUUGUUAGUCAAAAAUAGUUAUAAAGUUUAGAAUUUAGUUAAAAAAAAAAGACCGCGCGGAAAAAUAUAACAAGCUUUCUACAGAAAAAUCAUAGUUUCAAGGCAGUCAACUAGUAUUUCAAUUUUCGCAGGUAAUGUCAGAGCUGGUCAACACAGGACAGAUGGCCCGUGUACGCAUCGGAAACUCGGCGCGAAAACCUUCAGUUAAUCUCACUUCCGGCCCUUUUUACGGAUACAAAUACCGGUGAGAGCUUAAAACCUUCAAGUUUAUUUCGGAAUGUCAAAAAAUGGCAGAGAAGCUCUUUGGUGCAAGAAUUUAAAACGUGUCUUGAUGUUUUUUUUAAAGUACGAGCUAUUCGAGGAACAGAAACACUCCUCGAGUUGACAGAAUUUUCGAAAACGUCGACUUUAGAAUUUAUAUAUAAAUUAAAUCAUCUCUUCAUAUAUAUCAUAUAUAAGAACAGAAGACUUUAUUUCAAUUUUUAUCGAAAACUUGUUAAUUAGGUAAAAAACGAAGCUGAUAAAUUUGAGUUUUAAGUGAGGAAAAAUGUGAUUUCACAAAGCUAUGGAUGAAAAAACCUAAUAUUAUUUACGGUCGUAUCUUAAGCAUCAAGUUAAAAAAAUUCAAACUUUAGAAUCCAAAGAAUUGACAUCCAUAUGGGACGUGGUACCGAGAAUGGUAGUGAACAUACGAUAGAUGGAAGACGCUUUCCGAUGGAGGUUCGAGACUCAGUUCUCAUUCUCAAAACAGAAGACAUGUUCAGAUUCAACUCAUAUCCUUCAACACGGAUCUUUACGCAAACUUCUCAAUGGCUUCCAAGUCUCCGCACGGAUUGGCUGCUGUCGCUAUUCUCGCUGAUGUUGGUUUACUAAGAUUUGAAAUCUCACUGAACCUUCAGUUCGGUCCGACUACAAACUCAGAAUUGGCAAAGCUGACGACCGCAGUCCCCAGCAUCCGCUUCCAAGGCAAUUGA